AUGCAGACAGCUCUCUGCUUCACGUAGGCAGGUCCCUCUGACUUCGCCACUAGCUCGUUCAUUCCCCUUUUGCUUGGGUGCAUGCACAAAUAUGUACAUAUAUGAAGCAUGAGUUGCAUGCAGCCGGAAACAACUCACUAAGCUCUGCUUCCUCCAGAGGUUCCCUGUGUGCCUUCAGCACUGCAGCCCAGCAGAGGAGCACUGGAGAUGAGUGUGGCCCAGAAGAUCCCUGUGAUGAGCCCAGGCAUCCUCUUUCAGAGUGCACCCUAGAGCACAAAGUCAUCAAACUAGAAGAACAAGUCCAUGAUCUAACGGAACGAUACCGAAAAGCCUUGGCGGAUUCUGAAAAUGUCCGGAGGAGGACCCAGAAAUUUGUGGAAGAUGCCAAACUGUUUGGGAUCCAGAGUUUCUGCAGGGACCUCGUUGAGAUAGCAGAUAUGUUGGAGAAGACAACUGAGAGUGCUGCAGAGCAAACAGAACCCAGCAAUCCCAGCCCAGCCCCCCAGAAGAUCUGCGAAGGCCUGUCUCUCGUUGAGGCCAAGUUGCAAAGUGUGUUUGCCAAACACGGCCUUCAGAAGAUGAACCCUGUUGGUGACAAAUAUGAUCCGUAUGACCAUGAAAUAGUUUGCCACGUACCGGCAGAGGGAAUGCAGCCAGGCAUGGUGGCACUAGUGACUCAGGAUGGCUAUAAACUCCAUGGCCGCACCAUCAGACAUGCACUAGUUGGUGUGGCAGUUGAGUCACAGGUGUGAUAUGGGUGUGUCCUUUGUGGUCUGGGACCUUUUUGAGCUGAGGACUCUUCUUUGCUCAGUGGCAAUUGUGGCUGCAUGUCUAUGCUUAUUUAUUAAGUUAGGUUUCUAUUGUAUAUUGGCUCCUUAACAAUGUGUGCCAUCAUCCUGGCUUUAAUUCCAAGGUACUCAGUUAUCCAGUAUACUUUUCUGAGCAUGUGAAAUAAUAUUGGGAGUCCCGUUUGUCAAAAGUAUGUGGCACCAUAGCUCCUUCUCUUGUUGGUCUAAGUCUAUUAAAAAUUGAAGGAGGAAGGGAAUGUUGAGGGGGGAGAAAGAGAGAGAGGAUCUGAGAGCCAGGAACCUCCUGCCUUCUAAUCUCAGCUCUGACACAGACUCCUUCUGUGGCCUUAGGUGAGUCAUUUAACCUCUGCAUCAUUUACCCUGUCUGUUAAAUGUACUAACCUAUUUCACA